ACGCAUGGCUUAAAAUUUCAUUUGUACAUGUAAAAUAUUUGAAGGUUGCUUCUGAACCAAUAUACUUUCGGAGAACGAGGGAAUUAUCGAGUAAGUCUUGGGGAAUAUUCCUAAUGUGGAAUUCGUGGAUAAAAGUGAUUCUAAUUUUGUUGGCUUCCAUCAUCAAUCAAACGCACGGAUCAACUAAGCUUUUGUUAGAAAUAACAGGAUCAAAUACCUCCACUGCAGAUAUUAUUGCGUUCACGAGAAACGUUGUAGAGUUUUCGAAUAGCACAUCACUCAAUAUCUCGAUUGCAGACGUAAAUGAAUGUGAAAGUCUCUCUAUGAACACAUGUUCCGAACACGCAAACUGUACAAAUAUUGAAGGAGGUUUUACUUGUCAAUGUUCGGACGGUUUCAUCGAUGUUGGUGGAGAAAAUCCAGGAAGAAAUUGCUCUGAUUAUGACGAAUGCACUACUGGAAUCAACAACUGUCACCAGAACGCAACUUGUACAAACACCAAUGGAAGUUUUUAUUGCGUUUGUAAAAAUGGGUUUACUGGAAAUGGGACCACAUGCUCGGAUUAUGACGAAUGUACUACUGGAAACAACAACUGUCACUUGAACGCAACUUGUAUAAACACCAAUGGAAGUUUCGAUUGCGUUUGUAAAAAGGGAUUUACUGGAAAUGGAACCACAUGCUUGGCAAUAUCAAUGACUAACACCACUGAAACCUUAUUGUCUACGACUACGGAAAUAUUUGUUAAAAAUGACGCAACAACGGUAUAUACGACCACGACACAAUCGACACUACCUCAAACAACCACAUAUUCAACAGAAGCGAUACAGCAGUUAACGACAGUGGAGACAACGACCAGAUCAACCACAAAAGAUACUAACUUUAAUACUUCUCUAUUUUCGACUAAAUCCCAAACUGUGAGCGACUUAACAACUGAAGAACAAGCACUUGAGACUACAUCCGCGGUCAAUAAUUCAACGAUAUUAAACACUGAUAAAUUGACAGAAAAUGCUACAACAUCACAACAAACUACGGUUACGACCGACCAGUCAUCGAGAUCGGUUGGUAUAACAACGGUCUUGGGAAACACUUCUGUGACAAAAACCGAUCAAUCUGAUACAACACUUUUGAACAUGACACCAGAAAUAUCAACAGCUUCAUCAACAACUAGCGCCAGUAAAACCUUGUCCUCAAAAACUGAUGAAACUUUCAAUAAAACUGACGCAACAACAAUAUAUACGACCACGACUUCAACGCAAUCGACACUACCACAAACAACGACAGAUUUGACUACGGUGACACAGCAGUUAACUACAGUGGAAUCGACAACUAGAUCAACAACAGGAGAUAAUAUUUUUCCAACUUCUUUAUUUUCGGAUGUCACUGAAUCACAAACAGCGAGCGAUUCAUCAACUGAAGCACAAACACUUGAGAUUACAUCCGUGAACAUGAAUAAUUCAACGAUAUCAAACUCCGAUAAAUUUACAGAAAAAGUUACAACAUCACAACAAACUAUGAUCACAACUGCCCAGUCGCCGAAAGCAGUUGAUGUAACAACGGACCCCGGAAACAUUUCUGUGACAAAAACCGACCACUCUGAUACAACACUUAGGAGUAUGACACCAGACUUUACAACGAAUAGUCCCUCUACUAACAAUAUGAUUCCCUUGACAACUGUCGUAUCUAAUUAUACUGGAAUGCACAACAGUACAACAAUGGUUACUACAACUUCAACUACAUCGAUGCAGACUACGUUCACUUUAGAAACCUCUAACAGCACACAAAGUACGUUUGUAAUGACCCCAACACUUACUGAAAACACAUCAAGCGAAAAGGCUGUCACGACACCCGUGCAGCCAAGUUCGACUUCAAACAAAACAACAUCAAUUUUACCAGAAUUAUUAUCAACAUUGGAACCUAAAACAGUAUCGAUAGAUCAUUCAACAAUAUUGAGUACAUCUACUUACAAACCAACAACAACAAACGCAACAAUAGCGCUGAAAGAGACUUACAAAACCACAACGCAAUCCACCAUGUUAACGACUUCCAACCAAACAAUCAUACAGCAACCAGCAACAACACUACAACAAUCUACUGUAAAUCAACCAGGCUCGAUUGCGACACAACAAAGCACGACCGUUUCUACACCAACAACAGUAAUCGGGCGAGUGGAUACAGAUCAAUCGACGGGCUUACCAGGGCAAGAUUUUACGACUCCUGUUCAAACUAUUUCUCACGAAGCAACGAGUUUGCUGGAACAAACCAAAACAACUCCAAUUCAAAUGACUAUCCAACAAAAUCAGCUGUCUUCAACAUCGAAUAAUGGAUUGAAAACAACAUUCAGAGCAACAACGAAGCAAAUAACAACAAUGCAGAAUCAAACAAGGCAGAUGGCGGCAACAACCAAACCAACAUCCCAAACCACUAUGAAUAUAACUACAUCUCAAGCACCUUCGUCGCAACAAACUAAAACUAUAUCGACUGACGUCAAUGCAUUAACGGACCAAACACCAACAACACAAACUGCACUUGUUCAAUCAACUUCCCCCACAAACCAAACUACAACAUUCAGAGAUUCAUCUUCGAGCACUACCAAUACGGAUAGCAUGACAACUACGGACCAAACAACGAAACAAUUGAUUUCGACAAAUCCUGAACAAAAAACGACAUCGACAGAUCAAACAACAUCAAUAGGAGACACAACGACAAAGUCAGCUCAACCUAUAACAGAAUCCAAACAACCAACAUCUAUGGUAACUGGUUUUGUGACCGGGGCGGUCAAGCAGACAUCCGAUGGUAAUAAAACAAAUAGUCUCCCAGCAACCACGAUGAGCCACUCAACAGAUGUUCAUCCUACUCAACAGACAAGUACUAUUGUAUUUGCAAGACAAACAGCAACAAUAGUAACUUCUUCAAUAGAGACCAACGAUAACAUCACACUUGCAGACGCAUCUGUUUCAUCCUUGUAUACACGGGCACAAGAAAAUGUUUCAAAUCCAUUUUUGACGAUUGAGAUGCCCACAACACAAUCUAUUACAAAUAAUGCAACAACACGAUUGUUAGUAGCAACAACUCUUGGUAUGUCAAGUAAAUCGCCGAACCAUACCAUGAAUAAUAAUUUUACAAUCACUGCGGAAAACAUUAGUAGGACUGGCAACACUACGACCUUGCUUGUCGAAGUCGUAACAAGGCCAAAUAACCUUGCAUCAUCCGGUACAAAAGCAGAUUCAUUGGUUGAGGAAACAACAUCUAACCAGUCUACAAAUCCUACAGUGUAUUGGUCGGCCCCAGUCAAUAGCAAUCAAACAUCUACACGACUCUAUUCGACUGUAAACGUAACUGGAAGUUUAGUAACUUCUUCAGUUGGCGCUACGGGAGCAAAUUCACAAACAAACGUAACUGAUCAACUCGGAAUAACUGAGACCAAAACGACAACACAAUCAACAGAAACAACUAGCAUGAUAUCAAAUAUUGUUUUGUCUUCCGCGACUGUUGCAGCCACAACAGAGCCUAUCGCUGAAUUAACAACGCCAGACGACAGAUCAAAUCUGAACUCGACUUCUAAUUUUUCCCUCCCCAAUACUGAAAAUAAUGCUCUCAGAUCAACCUCAAAAGUAAUAAUUAAAACUACUGAAAGUUCACGAGCAACCGGAACUCCUGUCCCUCAAGAAUUAACCACACUCGAAUUGAAGUCUACUUUAAAUACAGGAAUCUCAACUACAACUGGAAUGCUAAAAAUAUCAACGACAGCUGAAACAUUUGCAGUGAAAUCCAAAUCUACUGAACGUACAGAACAAUUAAAAGAGGAAACUACUGAAAAGGGGAAAGAAUCAACUACAAUUAAAUCGGACAAUACUGAAAGAACAGAAUAUUCAACUAUGUCUGAACUGAAAACAACUAAUAGUGCAGAAGUAGUGAGUGCAGCGGAAACUGAUUUUACUACAGCUAAGUUGGGAACUACUGACAGUAAAAUGACUACAACAGAACCAGAAUUUACUGAAAUUGUAGACACCAUAACUACAUCUGUAUCAGAUGGCACUAACAAUAUGAUGAAAUUAAGCACAUAUGCGUUAGAAACUACAACAAACGCAGAAGACUACACUGCAAAUGAAGAGGAAACUACUGAAAUCGUCUACAAAACUACCGAAAGUUUGGACACUACUGAAGGCGAUGAAACUACUACAAGUGGAGAAACAUUUACGUUAGAAUCCACAGAACACUACACUACAAAUGAUGCAGAAACUACUGAAGAAGAGACUACUGCAAGAGGUGAAGCAUUUACGUCAGUCAAACCAGAAACUACAGAAAGCACAGUGUUUCUAACUUCAACCAUAGCUGAAACUACUACGAGUACAACAGAAUCAAUUUCCAUUGCGUUGACAACUAUCAGCUCCGAUGAAUCGACAAUGGCAGCAGCAGAAACAACAGAAAAAUUCACUACACUCAAAUCUGAAACGAUAAGCAAAAAUCAGGGAAUAUCCACCAUGGAAUCCCGGUUUGUGACAACAAGCGAUUCAUCAACCAUGAAAGACAAAUCCACUGUAGAACUGCCAACACCAGCUCAAGUUACUACAUCUUUGACCAGCAUGUUUUCAACAACCGAAAGUAUAGAGGAACAAUUAACAAGCAAAGCAAUGACAAAUGUUGUAUCAACAACUACAGCGAAACUGACGACAACCGGUCUCAUGAAUGCAACGAGCAAUAUUCCGGACAUUACCAAUAUAAAUAUCACCUCAGAAAAUAUUGGAGAAUUAGUCAAUCAAGUUGCCAACAGUAUCAUCGGAAAUGCGAAUGAAGGGAACCUAAAUGUAGCUGAUGCUGGUUCGGUGGCGGACAGUCUGGAGCAUGUAUUGAAAUCUGGUGUUCCCAUUGGAUCAGAUAUUGCUGGGGUUAUGUUCGACGUUGUCGAUAUGUUCUCCGGUGCAACUGGCUCAGCAGAUGAACAACAAAUAGAUCCAGAAGCAGCAUCCAAAAUGACCAGAUUUGUUUCAGGAUUAUUGGAAAACAUCGAUCUUAAACCGGGCGAAGUUUACAUGAAAGAAACUUCAACAUUAACGUUGGAAGCAGCCGAUUUUUUUCUCAAUGAAACACAAACAGGCUUCGAUGCAACUGGAAGCCAAAUAAGUAUGCCAGUUGGUUUUCUUCAGCCAACCACAACAAAUAGGAAGAGAAGAGCACUUGGAGAUGCUGAAGUUUUGAGAACAGCGUUUACAGAAUACACGGAUGCCAGAUUAUUUGUUGAAAUCGAACCAACAGUAAAAGUAGUUCUUUCCGAUGCUGUUGAACAAGACACUAAAUUACCAAAGAACACAAGAAUACUCAACACGCCAGUUAUUGCGGCGUCAGUGGCUCAGCAAGAAAUAAAUAAUUCUCAAGAAACUGCCCAGAUCACGUUGAAAAAAAUUAUCAGCAAAGAAUCUCGUGUAAAUAAUAACAAUGGAACCUAUGAAGUGACUACAUAUUCGUCACCGGAAUGUGUAUUCUGGGACUAUGAUAUUAUGACGUGGUCAUCGUCUGGUUGUAAGCUUUCUGGCGAAUCGGAAGAUGAAGUCACAUGCGAAUGCAAUCAUCUGACCAGCUUUGCGGUGAUAAUGAAAGUAGAAGUGACCGUGGAUGACACUAUUCUAACAUACUUAUCCUUUGUCGGAGCUGGCUUAUCAAUAGCUGGUCUAAUUUGGACGAUCAUAACUUAUUCUAUAUUCAGGUCUCUGAGAGCUCAUAGGUCGAAGAAGAUUUUGCUCAAUUUUUGCCUUGCGUUGUGUGGAGUAUAUAUAACAUACUUAUUCGGAAUUGCCGUAAAUUUACCAGCAGACCAAGCACAGUGCAUUACGUCUGGAUUCUUCUUACACUACUUUACGAUGGCUGUAAUGUCUUGGAUGUUCAUCGAAGUACUCGACAUGUAUUUUAUGUUUGUCAAAAUUAUGUGGACUUCUUUUCAUAAAUAUUUAUUGAAAGCGUGUCUUUUUGGAUGGGGGAUGCCCUUUAUUCUUGCCAUAGCAACUGUGGGUAGCCAUCUAGGAUUUCCAGAUCGAGAUAUCUACCCUGAAUUUAAAGAUGGUGCUGUUUGCUGGCUUGGAACAAGUGGAAUGUUGUACGGUUUUAUUAUUCCGUCCAGUAUAAUUUUGAUGACUAACUUGAUAUUAUUUGGAAUUGUGUUAUAUCACAUCACAUGCAAGCGGAAUAGAAAGAGAUUGAGUAGAAUACGAAGUACAACCAAACAAGUAAAGGCGGGUCAGCAUAUUAUAAAUGCUUUGGCAUUAUUAUUAUUGGCUGGACCGACGUGGAUUAUUGGUUAUUUUAUCAAUGUUCAACCGGUUGAAGACGGUGUUUUCAGAAGAGCAUUGUCAUACGUGUUUGUUAUUUUAAACGCUUUCCAGGGCUUCUGGAUAUUUAUUGUAUUUUCAAUCCGACCUGCACCGGUACGGAAGAGAUGGCGCGUCUUAUUUACUCAAGGAAAAUUUGCAGAGAAGAGUACAAGUAUAUCAUCUGUAUCUCACAGAAACACUGAAAAAACUACGCCAUCAAAAACACCCCGUUCAAGUAUAUUACCAUCCGAUAAUACCGUGAAUAUACAAAAUUUAUCAAAACGAACGGUGCAGUCUACAGUUUCUAGUAAUUCUUCAAACUCUAAAAAUUCGACAAACGGUUCGAAUUUAAUACAUCCUCAUAUAUCAGUGAGAAAUUCAAACUCAAAUAACUCGGUUUCUCUAUCUGAAGACUUUUGUAUUCCCGAGGAAACUUAUAGAACGAGUAACAAUAUUACGAUAAAAUUCCAAGCGAACAAAGACUGGGACAUCGACUCCGGUAAAGGAACCGAGAGCGUUAAAAGUGUUUCAGACGAAUCUGAAAUAUCAACGACCAGAAUAUAGAACUUUUUGUUUUAACAGUUAUACCAAGUCACACAUGAACGCGUAUAUAAUCGGGCUAUUCAAAAUGACCAAUCUAUGCAGAAACUCUAAGGAAUCGAUAAUGGAAUCGAUGUGGCGCAUCGUUCGAGACAAGCGUAAUAAAUAAUAGCGUUGUCUUAAAAUAACGUGUUGUUAAAAUGUUUGAUUUCAGGAAAAAAAUGAUUUGACUGCCACAGGUGUUAGUCUGUGAUUGAAUAGUCUGGUAACUUAUAAUUUUUUGCAGAUGAAUAUUCUUUUAAAAUGAAGUUUGAAUCAAAUUCGACCCAAAAGCGAAAAUACGAAUGAAAAUCGGAAUAAUUUAGUUAUUAAUAAUGUGUAUAAUAGUUAACAUAAAAGCAAUACUCAAAUAUGUGGACACGAAAGUCAAAACGAAGUAAUACGGCACGGUUUAAUCUUUCAUUUUACCGGCACGGUAAAUUGCCGUAGUCUUCCCGAAUUCGAGUGACUACCAACACGGAACAAUCGUGGACGCAAAAAUGGAACCGCCACAAGGUGCGCUAUUUUCAAUUUUGCUGACGUCAUCGUAUAAAAAAAAAUUUCAUAGAGCCCAAAGGAAUCUUUUGAAUAAAUAAAAGUAAUAGCCUUUUAGCGAAAAAUACAAUCUUUAACCACGAACAAUUUAAAGCAAUUGGUCCAGUAGUUGAUGAGAAAAGCAUUGUUAUUUUUUCAUACCAACAUAAAUAAGAUUUCUGAUAAAAACAUAAUAACAAAUCGAUCCAUGUGUACAUUUCGUGUCCAAUAGGAGCCCAGAAGAAACAAGAGAGAAAGUAUUAGAGCAAAUUAACACGCUAUCUAGUAAUUUAUCAUGCGAGUCAGUCUCUCCCGUAUUGCCAGAUUUGACAAGACAAUCCAAACAUGAAUCGAUUCGCAAUAUUCAUAAAAGCGUACAGAUCUCAUGUGCAAUAAAAUGCAGUAUAUGAUUUGAAAUGCCUAAAUUCCGGGAUAUUGUUUAUUGCGCAAUAUUUCACAAUUAAUUUUCUGUCAAUACGGAUCUAUAGAUAUUCAGUGACUUGGUUGGAAGACAACACAACCCAAAAUAUCCUGACCUUCAACAUGCACUUACAUAUGAAUUAUCUUUGUACAUUUAUGACCUGGAACACCGUCGCGACACAUGACGGUACAAUUGAUUCUUCUUUUUUUUCUUAAUUUUAUUAUAAUACGAACAUUACAAAUAAAUUUAUUUCUAUUCAGUAAAACAUUCCUUUAGUUUCAAAAUAUUUUAGCUAUACAUUCAUUCAUAUCUUAGAUAUCGCUUUGAGUAUUUUCAUUUCCUGCACGGUUUCAGAAAUAAAA